AUGGAGUCGGCGGACUACCAACCAGUUUGCGAUUCCAAGUAUGAUAACUUUUUCAAUUUGACAGCGACAUACAAACUGAACUCCGAUAUACCAUUUACUUAUAUGGCCACUAAGAACAAAGAGGGUCAAGUUGUGGGUCCUAAAAGAGAUAUGACGUGGGUGGAACCCAUGGCUGAAGUAGAUGAAGUCUUAAGGGAGAAACUGAGUAAAAAAACUAAAGCAGUUGCUUGGUUCGGAUCUCUUAACUGCACAACUAGAAGUAAAAGGCAAAAGUACGUCCAAAAACUACAGGAAGUGUUAAUGAAUUACAAUCUGACUGUUGAUAUCUAUUCGAACAAGGAAGGACUUGAAUGUGAACCUUUCAUAUGCCCCUUGGAAAAACCCAACGAGUGCGACGAGAUGCUUGAGAGAGAUUACCACUUCUAUUUGUCGUUUGAAAAGUCUUUUACGGAGGACUUAGCUUCUAGAGAUUUGAUGAAGCCGCUACUUACCCUCACCGUGCCGAUAGUAUUGGGUGACGCAAAUUACUCCAGUUUCAUGCCGCCUGGAUCCUAUAUAGAAGCGCCACGGGAGCUCCGAAAUAUGAAGAAACUGGCGCGUACCAUCGCUGACCUUAUCGGAACACCCAAGUACUACGACUUUUUCCGGUGGAAGAACUACUACAGUUACUCGCUGCCUAACAAACAUUGCUCACUCUGCACCGCCCUCAACAAUGAAGAUGUCAUGGGGACUCAUAAAGUGUACCAGGACAUCAGAGGAUGGUGGUAUCCUAAUUAUGAGGAUAGGUGUCGUAAAAUCAAAGAAAAAAUGAUAGAAGAGAUGAAGAAAGAUGGAACAAUAUAG